CUGGCAGCGACGUGAAGUGUAACAAAAAUAAGUGUGUGACGUCACGCCGGGAAGUCCUGUUGAUUUUUUUCUCAACGACACGACGCUGAUACGUUAGCAAAAAGAAAUGUAAUAAUAAUAAUGAUGACAAAUAGUGAUCCUAAACAUACACCCUUUGACUAGAAAGCCUUGGUUUACAAGCGCUACACUAGGAGAGGACUCGAAAACGCAAAUGACUUAAGUUCGGGUGUGCUACGUGACGUUGGUGUGGGUGUGGGGUGGACUCUGAGUGAGUUUGGACUCCGUGUUCAAAUACCGAGUGUGUCGGUUUAAGUGAGCCGCCCCGACAACUCGACUCCUUGACACGCACCAGUUUAAUGGGGAAGAAUGGCGCGAGUGUGGUUGGAGACCGUCAACUCUUUACCAGGGAUUCCCCACAGUGUGCUGUCGGUGCCCAUGGAGAAUAAGUACAAAUGUCAGCAGUGUCUCCAGGUCCUCAGGAAGCCUGUCCAGGCUCAGUGCGGCCACCGCUUCUGCGUACACUGCUUCAAGCAGCUCACCAGUUCCGGUCCAAAGCCGUGCGAGGCCUGCCGGCAGGAAAAGAUCUAUGAGGAGCCCACCUCCAUCCUCAACAUUGGCGAGGCCUUUCCGGACAACGCGGCCGGCCGAGAAAUAGCAAGCCUGCCUGCGCAGUGUUUGAACGCGGGUUGCAGCUGGAAAGGAUCCAUUAAAGAAUACGAGACGCAGCAUGAAGGCUCCUGCGACCUGGAGCGCGUGCAGUGCGAGGCCUGCCAGGCCUUCCUGUUGCGCUCGGAGAUGGAGCGACACAACGAGAGGGAGUGCGAGGCCCGAAUGCUCAACUGUAAAUACUGCAAAGUGUCGUGCAGCUUUAAAGACAUCAAGGCGCAUGAUGAAGUGUGCCUCAAGUUCCCCUUGCAGUGCAAAGAGUGUGGCAAAAAGAAGAUCCCGAGAGAAAAGUUCAACGAUCACGUUCGAUCCUGUGCCAAAUCCAAGACUGCCUGCCCCUUUAGCGAAGUUGGCUGCAAGUUUGUGCUGGACAACGGCAAGCUGAGCGACCACGAGCACAGCAGCGUCAUGGAGCACCUACGCAUGCUGCUGCCCUUGGUUCUGUCGGUGGCCCGGCCCGGCACAGAGGCCCCGGUCCCCGGCGAGUGGCAAGAAGACUCGGGUCUGGGCCUGUACAGGGCUCCUGAGGAGGGAGCCUCGUCCCCCGUGCCGCCCGCGGUCAGGGACAAGAAGGUGAGCGCCUUGGAGAACAUCGUGUGCGUUCUGAACCGCGAGGUGGAGCGCAACUCGGUGACGCUGGAGGCCUUCUCGCACCAGCACCGCCUGGACCAGGACAAGCUGGAGAACCUGAACAACAAGGUGCAGCAAGUGGAGCGGGCCUUGGCCAUGCGCGACUUCCAGCUGUCCGAGACGGAGCAGCUGGUGCGAGAACUGCAGUUCUGUACCUACGACGGCGUCUUCGUCUGGAAGAUCUCGGACUUUGCGCGCCGCAGGGUCGACUCGGUGGCGGGUCGGGCGCCCGCCAUGUUCUCGCCAGCGUUCUACUCCAGCAAGUACGGCUACAAAAUGUGCCUGCGCUUGUACCUGAACGGCGACGGCACGGGGCGGGGGACGCACCUGUCGCUCUUCUUCGUGGUCAUGCGGGGCCGCUGCGACGCGUUGCUCAAGUGGCCCUUCAGCCAGAAGGUGACGCUGAUGCUGCUGGACCAGAACAACCGCGAGCACAUAAUCGACGCCUUCCGUCCGGAUGUCACCUCCACGUCCUUCCAGCGGCCCGUGGGCGAGAUGAACAUCGCCAGCGGCUGCCCGCUCUUCUGCCCGCUGGGGAAGCUGGCCGGGAAGAGUCCGUACCUGCGCGACAACACCAUUUUCAUCAAGGCCAUCGUGGACCUGACGGGCUUGUGAGGUGAAAACUGCGGAAGUUUCCACCAAAAGGCACCAUUCACACCAACAUAGAUUAUUGGCAUUUCUAUUUACUAUAUACACACAGCUGACUGAGUUAGCUGUUAUUUGAGCCUACAAUAUUAUAAUAAUUGGAUAUAGUAAUAAUACAUAAUACAGCUAUUGAUUAUAUUUCACAUACUAUUUGCUUUUCUAAACAAAAUCUCUGUUCAUUGCUGUUUGGUUAACUUGUAUUUAUUCCAUAUACAUAACACAUCUGUUAAGAGCCAAUACAUGAGCUGUAUUUAAUCAAAUAACAAACACAUUGCUAAAUCAGUGUCACGCCUGUACCUCAAAAAUGAUUGCAUAUUUUUUUCCAUAGAUAAAUUCCAGUUAUUAAGCAUUUCUUGAAGAGAAUUCUAACGUCAAUUUUGAAGUUUUUUUUAUAUAAUUCAAAAUAUUUAAAAUAGAUCACGAAUAUAUAAAUGUUUCAUUUCAAAAUAAUUUCAAAUACAAAUGUGUGUGUGUAUGAGAGAGAGACAGACGGACAGACAAAGAGAGUGUAUAUACCUUAUUUAAAAUAUUUCUAAAAAUAUAUAAAUGUUUUGAAUUGUGUAAAAAAAAAAAAAAAAUACUUUGGAAUUUAUAUGUAAAAUAUUACAAACAAAUAUUCUAUGAUCAUACGUGUUUAUAUAAAAAAAUACACGUACAUACAGUAUGAUCAUUAUUACGUGUGCGGCUCUUGUAUUGGCUCUUAUUACCGACUUGUAUACUAUGUUACUACUUGUUUAAAUUAAUAGCUUGGUGUCAUGUAUUUCAAAAUAUAUAAUAGAAAAGAUUUUGUUGUUUCAGAUCCUUUGAAAGAUUCUGUGUAUACACACUUAUUUCUAUCCUAUUGCUAAUUAUUAUUUUAUCUGUUAAUUUCUUCACUGUAUGCAAGUUGAAAACUACAGUUUGUAUUCAUGUCACAGUCAUAAAACAAAAGUGUGAGCAGGUUUCAA